AUGGAGUUAGAAGUGUACUUGAUUCAAUUUGAGAACAAGACCAUUUUGGUUACCGGUGCAACUGGCUACCUAGCAAAAAUUUUUGUUAGAAGAUAUUUAAGAGUUCAACCAAAAGUUAAGAAGUUUAUCUUCUUUCUAAGAGCUUCUGAUGCUAACUCAGCUAAUGAACGUUUUCAUAUUAAGGUGUUAGGGAAGGAUUUUAUUCAAAUUCUAAGGGAGAAAUACGGUGCAAACCUAAAAUUCCUUUUAUCAGAGAAGUUAAUUCCUGUUUGCUGGGACAUUCUCUUGUGAAAAGAUUUUAGGAGUCAAGACUUACUUAAGGAUGAGAUGUUUAAAGAAAUUGAUUUAGUGAUUAAUUUUGCUGCCACGACCAACCUUGAUGAAAGGUAUGAUAUUUGCAAGUAGGCAUUAAAUACAUUGGGGGCUCUACAUGUUUUGAACUUGCUAAGGAAAUGCUUAAAAGCUAAGAUGCUUGUCAUGGUCUCGACCGGUGAAAAUAGUGGAAUUAUACUAGAGAAGCCAUUUACAAUGGGAGGUACCCAAGGGACAAGUGAAAUAGACAUUGAAAUGGAAAAGAAACUUUUGGGAAGAAAAAACUAAAUGAACUUCAUAUUCAGGGAAAAUGCUUUGAGAAAGGAAAUUACAGCAUUCAUGAGGAUUUUUGGCAUUGAAAGGGCAAGGGCAUUUGGAUGGCCAAACACAUCGGUAUUUACAAAGCCAAUAGGAGAAAUGCUUUCUAAUGCAUUUCAAAAAAAAAAUAGUUGCCUCUACUUAUUAAAUACGUCCUACCCCAUGAUAACAAGUACUUAUGAAGAACCAUUUCCUGGUUGGAUCAAGGUGAGUUUUAUAAAAUAUAAGUCAUUAUUAGGCGUUGAAAUUGGCAAAUACUAUGGUGUUCAAGGAAAUAUGAGGACACGUAUGCAUUUCUCUGAAUCGGAAGAUAACUUAAAGUAA